UAUUUGUGUUUGUUAAUUGAGAGAAAAAAAUAAUAUAAUUAUGGAAGAACAAGAUAGUGAAUUAUCAAUUGAUAAAAAUAUAUCAUCAUCAUUAAAAUUUGGAAUAGAUAGAAUUUUAUCAAGUGAUUAUCAUCAAGACAAAUCAACAUGUCCAGAUUUUACAGUUCAAUAUAAAAGCCAAUAUUGUAGUACAACUCCAGUAUCAACACAAUGUCUUUGUACUGGUAAUUGUACAAGGUGUAUUAAUUACAGAUGUUUUACAAAUGGAUCACAUCUUUGUUUAUCACCAGUAACAUCAAAUUACAUGAAUUUACUUGAUAAAUAUCAAAAUUUACAUAGACCAUCACCAGUAAGACCAUUACCACGAUUGCCUGUGACGACAUCAUCAAGUGGAAAAAAUAGAAGAGAAGGUGGAACCAGAAGAAAAAGAUCCUGGUCGAGAGCAGUAUUCAGUUCGUUGCAAAGAAAAGGCCUAGAAAGAAGAUUUUCAAUACAAAAAUAUAUAACAAAACCAGACAGAAGACAACUUGCUGCUACUUUGGGUCUAACUGAUGCACAGGUCAAAGUCUGGUUCCAAAACAGACGGAUGAAAUGGCGUCAUACAAAAGAGGGAGACAACACGACAUCAUCUCCUGCUGAUUCAACCCAGCAGGAUGCUCCAAAAAAUGAUGAUGAUAAUUCCAAGUGUCUUGAAGAUAUACAAGACUCUGAUGACAGUGUUGAUGAUGACACAGAGAUAGAAGUUGAAAUUUGAUACUAAAA